CCAUUUUGAAUGUUGAGAGGAGUGUAGGAGGAUACAGCAAAAGAGGGAGGAUAGUGGGGAAAAAAGUCAGGGAGUCUUUAAGAUUUAAAAGUGAACAUAAGAAAUAUCAGUAAGGCUUCGUUUUAAGAUCCGUUUUCAUUCAUUCUCAGACGAUUUGACUUCAAUAAAACAAACCCGGCAAAGUUUUUAAAUCAGUCGAGCUACCACAAAGCAUCUGCAGCAAGCGAAGUGUUUACGUCCAAGUGCUUUUAUUUUGAAAUUCCACAUUUCCGGCUUCUGUCUUGGAAAUCUUGCUGUGGUCGCUGCCUUCACACUGCUUAUCAAGACUUGGGUCCGACAUCGCCUCUCUCGCCAUGGCAGGAGCCGGAGGCGGGGGCAAUGAUGUGCAAUGGUGCUUUUCGCAAGUAAAAGGGGCGAUCGAUGAUGACGUAGCCGAAGCCGACAUCAUCUCUACUGUGGAGUUCAACCACUCAGGGGAGCUGCUAGCCACAGGGGACAAAGGCGGUCGGGUUGUCAUCUUCCAACAAGAGACCGAGAACAAGAGUCAGUCACAGUGCCGUAGUGAAUACAAUGUUUACAGCACAUUUCAGAGCCACGAGCCUGAGUUUGACUACCUGAAGAGCUUGGAAAUCGAAGAAAAGAUUAACAAGAUUCGCUGGCUACCACAAAAGAAUGCUGCACAGUUUUUGUUGUCUACAAAUGAUAAAACUAUUAAGUUGUGGAAGAUUAGCGAACGGGACAAGAGACCAGAGGGAUACAAUCUUAAAGAGGAGGACGGCCGCUAUAGAGAUGCUACUAAUAUCACAACUCUACGGGUGCCAGUAUUCAGGCCUAUGGAUCUCAUGGUUGAGGCCAGCCCACGCAGGGUCUUCGCUAAUGCCCAUACCUACCACAUUAACUCCAUCUCGGUCAACAGCGACAAUGAGACCUAUCUGUCUGCAGACGACCUGCGCAUCAACCUGUGGCAUCUAGAGAUCACAGACCGCAGCUUCAACAUUGUGGAUAUAAAGCCAGCGAAUAUGGAGGAGCUGACGGAGGUGAUCACAGCCGCUGAGUUCCACCCUCACCAAUGCAACACUUUCGUCUACAGCAGCAGUAAAGGCACCAUUCGCCUGUGUGACAUGCGGGCAUCAGCACUUUGUGACAAGCACUCUAAAUUGUUUGAGGAACCAGAAGACCCAAGCAACCGCUCUUUCUUCUCCGAGAUCAUCUCCUCCAUCUCUGAUGUCAAGUUUAGUCACAAUGGCCGCUACAUGAUGACCAGAGACUACCUGUCUGUCAAAAUCUGGGACAUCAACAUGGAGAAUCGACCUGUUGAGACAUACCAAGUUCACGAGUACCUCAGGAGUAAGUUGUGCUCGCUUUAUGAGAACGACUGCAUCUUUGACAAAUUUGAAUGCUGCUGGAAUGGGAAUGACAGUGUGGUGAUGACUGGAUCCUACAACAACUUCUUCCGAAUGUUGGACCGCACCCAGCGGAGGGACGUCACCCUGGAGGCCUCGCGCGAGAGCUGCAAGCCCCGGCAGGUCCUGAAGCCUCGCAGGGUGUGCGCGGGCGGCAAACGGAAGAAGGAUGAGAUCAGCGUGGACAGCCUGGACUUCAACAAGAAGAUCCUACACACCGCCUGGCACCCGCAGGAAAACAUCAUUGCCGUGGCAACCACCAACAACCUCUACAUCUUCCAGGAGAAAUGAAACUAAUACUGUCGUCACGGGGAAAGAAAAACUCCGAACCUCUGUCUAUGUGAAAAAGAGAAACUAGCAAAAAUCAUUUCUGUGACAAAACACCAUCAUCACAUACCAUCCUCGGCCUACUCCAGGACAGGAUGAACUAGUGAAGCCGGCUAGUGGCUGCCAAUACUGAAUAAACUGGUUCAAACUGGUCUGGAGAGGGUGCGACCUGGCUUUGGCCUCAGUGGCACCGUGAUACGCGCCUUGCUCUGGUGACGUGCCAACCUCUGUCUGUACCCUCCAUCCUUUUUCCCUUUACCCAUAAGUCCGAGCCCAGGGACGAAAUGGGCGGCAGGUUCCAAUCUUUGAAAGAUUUCAACCAUAGUUUUUUUUCUUUUCUUUUCUUUUGUUUUUGUCUUUUGGUUUAUCAAGGUGUCUGUAUAAAAACUAAUUUGAACUCAUGUGAAUGUGUCGCUGUGUUCUUUAAUGACCGAUAUGUUGUUUGUGCCAUUGUAAUCGUUUUUUAAUGUUAUCAGAGAAACUGCCAAGUUGUUUAGUUUUAAUUCUGUUUCAAGAAUAAGUGUUUUUUUUAUUUGUUUAGUUUACUACACAUUCUAUACAUUUCAUACUGUUAACUACACUCCAUACAGCUAGAAGUGAUUUUGGCUGUGUCAAAGUGCAGGGCCACAUUUCUUAUAUUCUUGCGUACAUUCUCACGGUGCCCCAAAGAGCUUUUCUUGGCACGAUCCGGUCUGUGGCACGUAUUGCCGCUUGCCGUGUUUGCUGUUGUAGUUUAUGUCUGCACUUGUUUAAGCACACACACUCGGAUUGGACUGCUCACUCAGCCUUACAGGAUUUAUUUUCCGUUGUGAUCCAUGCCCACUUUAUGUCUGCUCUCUUUCUCUCUCAAAGAGUAACAAAUUGAGAAAGAUUAUAGAGAUUAUGAUAAUGAAAUGGUAUUUAUAAACUGAACAAACAAAUCAA